CAGACUUCGACUCUACGACGAUUAUCGACCUCGCCCCUUUUCCCCUAGCCGGAACGAUAACAACAACCACUGAUUUCCAGUUACGCUCAAAAUAUCCAAGUUAACGGCAAUUUAGAAAACCAAAGCUCCAAUCUCUGCACUCCCCGUGACCUCGACAUCGUUCGUUGCCGCCAUGGCGGCCUCCGGGGACCUCAUUGACUUCGAUAUCAUCGAGAAUCAGAAGGAAAAUAUUCAGUCAUUACCAGGUGGACGGUCUGCUCGGGAGCUAGCCCGCAUUUUCUCUCCUCGAGAUCCUAGUGACAAGCUAGCAGCGCCAUCUCCAAACGACACCAGAACACUCAAUGACGCUAUUCGACAAGAAUAUGAAGCAGAGUUGCAGGCUAUCGGGGAUUCAGACGACCCUCUGGAUGUAUAUGAUCGCUACGUUAAGUGGACACUGAAUGCCUACCCCUCUGCUCAAGCAACUGCAGAGUCAGGUCUCCUCCCAUUACUGGAGAAGGCUGUCAAGUCAUUUCUCAACUCGCCUCAUUAUAAAAAUGACCCGCGCUAUCUACGACUGUGGCUACACUAUAUUAGAUUUUUUUCAGAUUCACCCCGCGAAACGUUUGCAUUCAUAGCGCGUCACCAUGUCGGGGAGGGUCUUGCCCUGUUUUAUGAAGAGUUUGCAGCUUGGCUCGAGAGUGCAGGACGAUGGACUCAAGCAGAUGAAGUUUACAGGCUUGGGAUAGACCGGGAGGCUCGGCCAACGGAACGGAUGGUUCGAAAGUUCAGCGAAUUCCAAAGACGUUAUGACCAACACACACAAGACAACGGGCCUUCCUCUCCUGCAUUACCGGCCGUGCGCCCUGCCUUGGCUGCCAAGGUAGAUCCCUUUGCCUCAGCCACACCCACGUCGGCGGAUUCGCAAUCACAGCGGCAGCCGUCUAGUGCAGGAGCUGCACCUAAAACAAAGUCAGGAAAACCGAAAAUGGCGAUUUUCUCCGACGCAGACUCCGCCCCGAGUCAGCCCGUAAUUGGCGGGCAAAGCAAGGGCUGGGAUAGUAUCGAUUCUAUGCAGGACCGACGGAAGGAAAACAAAGUGGAGGCGAAACCAUGGGCUGGGGAAACUCUCAAAACCACAAAGAAACCUGCACCAGUUCAAAAAAUGGCAAUUUUCAGGGAUGAGUCGAACUCAGAUUUACCAGUCAAAGAAAAUAUUCAAUCAGACCCAGUUCCAGAGCAUCGUGUAAGGGAAGCGAUAAACCCACGGACAGGAAGAAAGGAACGAGUAUUCGUCAAUCUUGAUGCAGUAUAUCCCGACUACAAAAACGCUAACCAUGAGGUGAGCUUUGAAGAGCUCAGGGCUAUCAAACGUGGCUGGAUGGAUAAGACCUGGCGUACCCAAAAGGCACCUCUCAAAACAAUAUCCGGGAACUCUUCUCAUGACCCGCAUUUGGAUAAGGAGAAUGGGCAAGGUUUGCACGGGGGAUUGCCAGAACAAUUCAACCAGAAAUUGACCUUGAAAGAAGUAGAUAGCCAGGCCUCCCGACAGAACACCGAGUUGGAUCCAGCCCACGAUUCUAGAACCGCGAGGCCACGAAAGCUGAAAGUCCGCGAAGUCAAGGCUGAGACACAGACCAUCAAAAUGAAAUUUGAUUCUCCUACCGGAAACAAGAUUCGUCGCAAGAGUACCGCGGAGCCAACAAUGACCAUCCACACCCGAGCUGCUACGGAUGAGAUUUACAGCAUCUUCAACCAACCGCUGAAGGCAGAAAGCCAGAGUGUAGCGGAAAGCAGUGACUUUGAAGAUGAUGAUUACAUUAGUGCUGGAGAAAGUACAGGAACGGGACGAAUAUCCGCUGCAUCUAGCGAUUUUGGCGAUGACGAGACUACAUUUCAUAAGUCCUUUGACGAAGGUGAUGGUGACGACUUUUACGACAAUACUCGAGCCGAGAGUGUCGAUGGGGAAUGGACUCAAUUUUCCUCAAAAGAUAUUCCCCUCCAUUCACACCCCAUUGAGUCAACACAAUCAACAUCACACAACACCAGCGACGAUGGUGCGGAAGGCCUCGAUGUUUCUGGGAAGGCCGAAAGGCAAAGAUUCAUUCCAGAAAUGCCAGAGGAUUAUGUUCAGCCCUACGGUACCUAUCGAGACCCUGCAGUAGUGGCCCAAAAUCGCCUGCCCUUUAUGACACCCAUUGUGGAACGCACCGAAUACUCGCUGCCUUCCAUGACGGCAGCUAAAAGCAACUUGUACUCCACGAAGACACCCUCUAGGCCUCAAAUGGGGAGCCUUCUCGCAACUCCACUAAUUGCAGAGACACCAUACCAAGCGCAAAGCUUUAACAGCCUCCCAGAGGAUAUUACCCUUAGUCCCACCGCUAAGAAAGCCCAGUCAACUCUCAAAUCAGCGUCCCCUGCAAAGGAUGUUGCCCGCAAAGAGCCGAUUAUCAAGGAAAUGGUAUGCAAUCCCAUCGAUAAAGCUGUUCGCGACACAAUCCUCGAGUCUCUACAUUCUACGCUGGCAGCAUACCCUGGCUAUCAUGCCGAUCUUGAAACGGAAACACAUUAUGCCCGCGAGAUUCAAAAGUUUGUGAAAACUACGGGUAGGCGUUCUAAGGGUGGAGAUGAGGAGUCGUUUGAUGUGCCAAUCCUCGAUCUCCCCGGAGCAGAGAAAAGCUAUAUUAUUAGACGGGAGCUGGGAGCUGGUGCCUAUGCUCCGGUCUAUCUAGCUGAGAGCCUUGACAGCCUUUCAUCCGACUCCGAUAUCGAAUCCGUGAACGGUAAUAGCAACUCGGAUUCUCCGAGCAGCAGUAAAACAAUACUCAACAAACCACCCCGCUACGCUUUUGAAGCGAUCAAAUUGGAAGUUGGGCCGCCUAACGCUUGGGAAUUCUACAUGAUCCAAACUGCCCAUCAACGAAUAUCCCUCCUACCAGAGCUUUCACGGGCCUCUGACAGUGUCAUCCGCGCCCAUGAAAUGCACGUUUUCAAAGGGGAGAGCAUUCUUGUGGAAGACUAUCGUGGACAAGGAACCCUCCUAGACCUGCUAAACCUGGUCCGCAACGAGCCCAUCUCAGGCCAUUCUAACCCGGAGGGAGGACUAGAUGAGGCUCUCGCAAUGUUUUUUACCAUUGAGCUUUUCCGGACCGUUCAAGCUCUUCAUGCUUGUGGUGUUCUGCAUGGAGACAUCAAAGCCGACAAUUGUCUCGUCCGCUUCGAUGAUAACCCAGCUGCUACCCCAGUCGAGAAUUAUGUUUCAGACCCUCGUGAGCUCCAUUAUUCGCCCAACGGAUCCUGUGGCUGGAGCAAGAAGGGUCUAUCUCUGAUUGAUUUUGGUCGUGGCAUCGACAUGCGUGCUUUCCACUCUUCAGUUCAAUUCAUUGCCGACUGGAAGACAGGCGAACAUGAAUGUAAUGAAAUUCGCGAGAUGCGGCCCUGGACACACCAAAUCGACCUCUACGGCCUUGCCGGUACAAUUCACGUCAUGCUUUUUGCCAGAACUUAUCGGAUCCGCGAACCAUUGAAACGAUACUGGGAACGGGAUAUUUGGAACGACGUGUUCGAUCUCCUUCUCAACCCUGGAGCUGACCGGUGGGCCCAGAUGGAGCGUCCAGGCAGCUACCCUGCUGUUACCUCAGAUCAAUCUACCGGCGGCCAGCCCAUGCUUCCCGUUCUAAACUCCAUGCAAUAUGUCCGAGAGAAAAUGGAAGAUUGGCUCCUCGCAAACGCCGAAAAGAAAGGCUUGGGUCUUCAGAUUCGCAAGCUGGAGGCUAUCUUUGCCGAGAAGAAGAAGAAAUUGGAAAGGUUCUGA